AUUUUUGAAAAUAACGUGAUCUCAAUAUUCUGAAGUUUUAAAAAAUUGCAAAUGUUAAGAAAAAACGACAAAUGCGUAUUCGCUCGCAUAGAAACUAGCAAUAAUUGUAUCCGUACCCGUGUUUCCGCUUGACAUAGCAUUUCGGGUCUUCGCCUGGGUUCUCAAGUAUGUUAUUUUUAUGCUCCAAGCGGUUUCCGAUCCUUUCCUUUGAACGGCAAGAAACCGACAAUUUUCGGAUCGGCCCAUUGCUUAUCUUCGUAUCACAGACCAACAGGCAAACUUUCUGAUAUUAUUUUAUUUUACUUUGUUAUAUUCAAUUAAAAAUUAUAUUAUUCUCUAAGUUAUGUUUUGACUAUCGUAGUCUUCUGUUCACGCGGUAGACGGCGGAAGUGAAGUCUCUUCUCUUUCAUUCCAUUGCUAUACGCGCACGUGUAAAGUCACGCCGUAACGGUAAUAAGAUAUUAUUAGUUAUUCUCAACAGCCGAAAGUGUCUAACGAAACUCGCCUCUAUUUUUAUGCACUUCGAAUAUGUACUAUCUACAGAUUAAAGAAACUUUAUCAUUCAUUCAUUUAAACACUUCGUUUCACUCGCCCACCACUGCCCUCCGGGAAUUUCCAAAAUAUCAGGUUAUGGGCCCAGGGUACCGUAUAACAGAAACUGAAUAAGUUAUUCGUUGUCGCGAGUGAAGUGGUGUUAAGUGCGAUUAAACAUUGAUAAAGCCGAAAAGUCUUUCAGCCCAUCGACCGUUUAGGAGGUCGCGAAAAUUACAGAUCAUGGGCUACGGCCAUGAAGGCAUAUCUACAAAUUGAAGAGUUGUGGGAUACCAUCGAAGCUCCAGUCAACGGUUCACUUUUGACCGACCCAGCGAAAAUGAUCCGAGCAAAAGCUAAAAUCAUUCUCGCAGUAGAACCGCAUAUCUACCCGCAUAUUGAAGGUGCCGCAUCGCCGAAGGUCGCCUGGCAACAACUUGAAAAGACCUGCGAUGAUAAAGGACUGCAACGCAAAAAAUUAUCAGGCAUUGGGACCAAGCUACCUGACGAUCUCGUUGGUGCCUUGCUGCUAGCCGGACUGCCACAGGAUUAUAAACCUAUGAUUAUGGCCCUAGGAAGUUCUGGAACCGACAUUACAACCGACCUCGUGAAGACGAAACUUCUAGAAGUCACGUGUUCAGAACAAAGUGACGGUUAUGAAACACGCGGGCUCAUGGUGCACUCACGCUCGUCCGAACACUAAUAAUAGGUGGCGCAAUAGGUUCACCUAUGCGCGCUCCCGAAGCGCUCUCUGGGAGUAACUAGGUUAAGUUAGGCUAGUUAGUUUUAGUUGCUAGAUUAAGUUGUACAGUGUGCGUCAUAGUGUCCUUUCGUCUAGUGAAAAAGCACUGACUUUGAAGUCCAAGUUUAACCGUAGCAAAUAAAUAUUCUAAAGCUUCUAUCACAUGAUUAUGUUAAUUAUUUUAACGCUUUUAUUAAAUAAUUGGAUUUAUGAUAUUUGCUGCAGUUAAACUUGGAUUCCAAAGUCAGUGCUUUUUCACUAGACGAAAGGAUACUAUGACGCAUACUGUACAAUAUCAAUCAUAGUGUCCGUUCGUCUAGUGAAAAAGCACUGACUUUGGA